AUGCCACGCUUUUCUCUGGAUUCUGAUGACCAGUCGGAUAAUGACUCACCAUCGUCGUUCUCUAGCAACGACCACAACACUCAAGUUCCGUCAGUUAAGCUCUCUAUGCAGAAUGACUGUGCAAUUGGUCAUCGUGUUCAUGCCUCUAGGUCCGUGCUAGCUGUGGCCUUGGACGAACAAUGUGUCUUUGCGGGGUUGCAGGGGGGUGAUAUAUUGGCAUGGUCUUUAGACACUUAUGAGCUGGUCUUAUCCGUUCCAGCUCAUGGAGAAAGUGUUUUGAGUUUAUUCAUCUCUCCGGAUGGACAAUUACUUUUUUCAAGUGGCGGUGACUCGGUGGUGAAUGUCUGGUCAACUACCACUUUCGAGAGACUAUACUCAAUAUACUCUCAUCAUGACGUUGGCGAUAUUUUUGCUGUCGUCUACUCGCAAAAUCUCAACACUGUCUUCUGCGGCGGACAAAACACAAGUUUGCAGUGGUGCAAUUUGGCUAGCGAUGGAAAUGUCACAAUUUCUCGACACCCGUCCGAGCGGAGACAUCGAUUCUUUGAUUCCCGAGGGCCCGGUGGGAGCAUCAAUCCUCGAUCAGAGGAUUCAGACGCACAUAGCUUAGCCGAUCACAGAGGGAAAACGCUGACCUUCAAGCGCGAUCAACAUAGACUAUUCUCUCAUCAUGGCUACAUAUACUGCAUGAUUAUUGUUCGAGGGUUGAUAGAAUCCGCACCGUCCGAGGAAGUGCUACUGACGGGAUCUGGUGACGGCACUGUGAAAUUAUGGCGACUGACACAGGAGAACAACGGCGCCCCAAUCCCUUGGUUUGAACUUGAGAACGGAGAUGAUGCGGUGCUGUCACUUGCUAUCGAGGGCUCUUUACUGUACUGUGGCCUGGCUGGCGGUGCUCUUAAUAUCUGGAAUCUGGAUUCACAGCAGCUGGUCAAACAGAUUACCGAACAUCAAGGAGACUUAUGGGCUCUUGAUAUUAUGAACGGCAUAGCGAUUGCCGGUGACGCUCAGGGAAUCAUUAAGAAAUUCAAUUCGAGUUUUGAGGAAAUCGGCUGCUGGACAGCCCACGAAGGCACAAUCCUUGCCUCUACCACCGGAAUCUCAAACAAUAGACAUAUCUAUGCAACCGGCGGAAAUGAUAAUACUGUCGCCAUCUGGGAUCUAGCUACGUGCCAGGAAGACAGCGAAUUGCAAUCCAUUGGAAAUGACGACAUGGUCAACACUCUGUUUAAGUUUGUGUCUUACCAGACGAUCUCGUCAAGUCCCAAAUUCUCAGUUGACUGUAACCAAGGAGCUACAUUCCUGCGCCGACACUGUGCGUUUCUUGGAGCGACAACGAAACUUCUGCAGACUGGUGCAGAUACCAAUCCUGUUGUCUAUGCAAGAUUUUCGGCGUCUAACCCUGGACCAAAUGUCAAGACCAUUCUAUUCUACGGACAUUAUGAUGUCGUUGGUGCCGACAACAAUCAACCCAAAUGGCGGACAGACCCUUUUCAACUUGUUUCUGUCGAUGGAUAUUUAUACGGCCGCGGCGUUUCUGACAAUAAAGGGCCAAUUCUCGCAGCGGUAUAUGCAGCAGCGGAUCUUGUCAGACGAAAGGCUCUAGGCUGUGAUGUGGUCUUCAUAAUUGAGGGUGAAGAAGAAUCCGGCUCCCAAGGGUUCGAAAAAGCGGUUCGCAAAAACAAAGAUCUAAUUGGAAAAGUGGACUGGAUACUCCUCGCCAAUAGUUACUGGCUUGAUGACCAUAUUCCUUGCCUCACCUAUGGUCUGCGAGGUGUGGUACAUGCGAAUCUGAUUGUGACUAGCGAUCAUCCUGAUCUCCACAGUGGCAUUGACGGAAGUUCAUUGCUUGAUGAGCCCUUGAAGGAUCUUUCGUUGUUACUAUCGAACUUCAUCGGACGUAAAGGUCACAUCAACUUUCCCAACUUCUACGAUCCAGUGGCCAAAUUGAACAAAGCAGAGGAACAACGAUUUCAAGCAAUUACAGAAGCGAUGCUUCCAUUACAUCCCCAAAUCGAAGACCGCGAAGCCUUCACCAAAUCAUUGAUGUAUCGAUGGCGCGAACCAUCAUUUACCGUCCACUCAAUCGAAGUACCAAGCAACAAAAACACGGGUUCAACCAUAUCCCGACGAGCAAAGGCAACUUUAUCCGUGCGCAUUGUACCUAAUCAGACUGCGGACGAAGUUGCAUCGGCGCUUACUGCAUUUGCGCAGGAGCAGUUUGACCUACUAGACUCCCAGAAUGAACUCACUAUUGAAAUCACCGGAAAAUCCGAUCCAUGGCUAGGUGAUCCUGAUAAUGAGAUAUUCGGGACAUUGGCCGAAGCCAUCUCUGCAGCAUGGACGCCGGAUCUAGAUGAAAAACGAUACAGUUACCCCCAACCCUCAUCCAAGACGACCAUGCGACCGUUUGGAGCAGAGCUCAACCGUACCGACUCGAACGAUAGUGUCGCAUCACAUAUCGAUCGAAUCAUUUCUUCAUCUACAAUCUCGUCGAAGAAGAGGUCACAAAGAAAACAAAGCGCAUCCAAUGCCACCGCAGUGCCGACCUCUUCAACUUUAACAGGAAACCAGGCAAGAACUAACAGUUCUAAACUGAACGAUGCAGAACACGGUGAAGAUUCUCUCUCAUCAUCCCCCUCACUCCUAUCCUUACCCACCCACCACAGCAAUGGAAACGGCAUACCCUAUCACGGCGCUGCUGCAUCCUCCCCUCCAUCCGCUUCAGCAUGGCCUACCCAAACCGAAACGGCACCCUCACCUGUACAGCCACUCUACAUUCGCGAAGGAGGAUCAAUCCCUACGAUCCGGUUCUUGGAAAGAGAAUUUUCUGCGCCGGCGGCAAAUCUGCCCUGUGGACAGGCUAGUGAUCAUGCGCAUUUGGAUAAUGAGAGACUUCGGGUGAUGAAUUUGUAUAAGAGUCGGGAAAUUUUUGGGUGGGUCUUUGAGAAGUUGCCUCAGCGGGUUGCUAAAUAAGCAUGUUUGAAAUGUUCUGGUAAAAGGGUUAGAUUGUUAUCGUUUUAGAGGAAGUAAUUGUAUGUUAAGAUUUAUACAUGGAGAAAUUGUUACUAUUGCUGAUUUG